AUGGACCGGGCCAUUGAACACUUCAAACGAGCAAAUUGUGGAAGGUUCAAUUUGCUUCGUGUGAUCAUGGUUGAUAAGGAUCUUAACGAAUUACGAGUCCUGCAAAGCCAUUUUCCGGAUGUGCGGAUUCUGAUAUGUCAUUUCCAUGUGAUCAAGUAUUUGAAGGAAAAGCGAGGUAAACCCGAAUUCGGUAAAAUUUCAACAGAUGAUGCCACGGCACUGGAUGCUGUUAUCCCCAGGUUGGUAUAUGCUUCAAGUGAAGAGGUCUACUCCCGAUACUACAAGUCACUCGAGGCGAUGUGUCACCGUAUUGGUUUCGAGGGAUUCUUCGACUAUUUCGCACGUAACUGGGAUAGUUCCCAAGACGUGUGGGUGAUGUACCGCAGAUCCGAUCUUCCUCACUUUAAAAAUCACACUAACAACCGACUGGAAAGCUUUUUUGGUAAGCUCAAGGGGUGUGUUGACUCCUCCAUGGAUAUGGCUACAUGCAUUAGAGAAUUGGUUGCCCACGAUCGCCGAGUUCAAAAUGAACACAAGUACCAGCUCGCUCGAAUGGGACGGUUUGUAAACUCGAAUUACGACGAGGAGAUGUCGAACGUGCUCCGUUUCACGACUCAUCACGUCGCACAGCAAGUGGAGUCGCAAUAUUCAAUCGGAAUAUCAAAAUCUAGCAUUUAUUCAUACAACGUGGAUGAAUUUCAGGCUGGGCUUGUACAAGUUCGCGGCCGCCAUAAUGCAGCCCACCUCAGCACGGAGGAGUGGUCGUGUGAUUGCACCUUCGCGAAGUCUAUGCAGCUUCCAUGUCGCCAUGUAAUUGCAUACCGAAAACUCACCAACGCCUCUGGUCCUGUUAUCCCUUGGUGCAGAAUUGAUGAAAGUCACGGAGAAGCCGUGCGUGCUACUCAUCUGAUCGCUAGCGAACUAGCCGACAUCGACAACGACGCAGAUUUCAACGUUGCGUUACAGUUUGUAUUGACGCAGUGGAGAUCCUUUCGUCAGCAGAGGUAUCUGUCACCACAAGGGCUAGACCACAUUCCAGGAAUAACAUCCCAUGGGUACAAAUCAUCACUGCCCCACUCUUCUGAGUCAAUAGGCUACGAGAGUUCAAGCGACAGGGAUCGAAUUGCUCGUGAAGUUUUAGCUACCACGUCGCAUUCUUUGCCUGACAAAGUUGAAAUCAUUCUCAACGGAAACACCAGAAAGUCAGGAGCGCCAAAAAAGAAAAAGUCUAAGACCCAUGCGGACGAAAAAACAAGUCGGAUUUGGUUUGCAGCUUCGGAAUCGGCGCGAGAGCUGGCAGGCCAAUCUACGCUGAUUGACCUACUUCAAACUCUGGACGAAGAAAAACCCGGCCUCUCUGAGUUGCAACGGCGACUUGCUGCUGAGUUGGAGGUAAAAACCAUCUUCGUCCCAAUUAACUUCAGCAACGCUCACUGGUGCAGUAUCGUUGUCGACACGCACUCCAAAACGAUACAUUGCUAUGAUCCUGUCAACCAGAAGGAGUUCACGUCGGUAGUUGAAGUUCUCGCGAUGAGCUUAAAAACCAAGGUUUUGCCCGCAUUUCGCAUCGAAGUCGACAAUGAUCCACUUCAGUUUGAUUUAUUUAGUUGCGGAGUCUACGUUUGUUGGAUGUUCAUCAACCGAAGUCUCUCGAGAGCGUCUGAAGCCACGGACAUGGCAGUGCUGACGAAACGACGCUUUGAACUGUUCUACUACGUGCUCACAGGACGGUUGAUAAAAGACGAGCCUGCAAGCACGGUUGAGUAG